CAAUAUUUGCUAUGAUUAAAACUGUGGGGGACAAUAACAUUAACACAAUGACUGCUAAAAAGUUUGGUACUGAUUCUGAAGAGCUAGUAUUGAAGUGGGGGCAAGAUUAUGGUCUAAAAACAAUGUUGUCAAUAACUUGUAAGUUUGCAUUUGAAGGUUCAUUUUCAGAAGUAGACUAGCUUCUGUAGAUUUUUUUUUUCAGUUACUCCCUUUCUUUUAUAAAAAUAAAAUAAAUUAAGUCAGGUGUCAAUUUUGACAAGAAAGUUUGAUAUAAGCAGAUAAUGUGCAGAUGUUAUUGGCAUUUCAUUAUAAUGAUUGGGCAUUUUUGUGUCAAUUUUUGUUUUCUUGCAUCAACAAAUUUGUUUUUUUUUUGAGACAUGUACGUGAGUGGUAUAAAGGAAAAAGAGCUUCUGUGUAGUAUUGGAAUGUUCUUUCAGUUUGUAAAGAGAAACUUCACAUUCUUAUUGGCUAUAGAUUUUGAGGAAGCUGGAAGAGGAUCAGUUGCACUAGAAGAUAUGAGCAUUGGGGAUAUUGCUUUAGAAAUCCCAGAACCACUCAUCAUAUCUGAGGACCUUGUUUAUAAUUCUGAUAUGGGUUGAGUUUUCAAGUUGAUGCAUUUGCUUCAUUAGAAGGAACCCUGCUUUUUGAAGAAUUAUCGCAAUCUAAAGAGCACUUACGCCAACAAUUUGAUGCAUCAUGCCCACAACUCUGCGAUAAUUAUCCUGAUAUUUUUGAACAAAAGCUGUAUAGUUGGGAUAAUUUCUGCAGGCUUGUGAGCUUUGGUACUCAAAUAGCAUGAAGGUGAUUUUUGGUGAUGGAAAGCUAAGAACUUGCGUAGUUCCUAUUGCUGGGUUCUUGAACCACUUACUGUGCCCACAGAUAGUUCAUUGUGGUAGAGUAGACCCAGUAACCAAGUCCCUGAAAUUCCCGGUAUCAUGACCAUGUGAAAAAGGAAACCAACACUACCUUAGGUGGUUACACAGAGGAUGCAUUUGUGAGAUAUUACCUUAUAUCUACAAACUGCACAAGGCUUUCAUCCCUUUUCCUUUCCACAUUAUGUUGUUGAAGUUUCUGCUAGUGAACUUAUUACGAGGGAGCAUGCCUUUGCGGACGGUUGCAACCUGGAGCAUUGCGUCAAGUACCUAAACCAGACACUAGUGAUCUUUGGAUUCUCCACCUCCCUUGAUCUCUUUGCCACGGAUCCUGUCUCGAUUGCGAGGACUUGCAACUGCAUUCAUUCUUUGCUUCAACAAAAGCUGCGGGACAUUGAAUUUAGAGAGGGCUCUAAUGACCAUAAACAAAGGAGGCUAAAAAUAAAGCAAAUCUGAAAACUCAAAUUGAGAAGUUGUGGCAGGAGUGAGAUGAAUUCCAAAAGAUGAUCCUUGGAAAUCAGCAAGUGCGUACAGAACAGACACAUGAAAUGAAGAAGAAGGAAAAGGAAUGCAUAAAUCUGUAGAAGAGACUAAACGAAGUGUUAGUUGAGGAAAAAAAGAAUCUCGGUCAGGCAUGGAGAUAAUGAACCUAUUACAGAAAGAAGGACGUCAGCAUGGGACAUGGAAUGGAAAGAAGGCUGACAGUGACUUUUAUAAGAUGAUAGUUGAUGCAUAUGAGGCAAGGAUGACACAGCUGCAAGAUGAACAAAAGGAAGCAGAAGUUACUUGUGAGGCAACUGAAAAGGAACUUGAACUUGAAGCUCAGCUUGUUGAAGCUAGAGGCAUCAUUCAAGAACAGGCUUCAAUAAUGUCAAAACAUUUUGCAAAGACUGAUAAACCAAGGAGAUUGAGCAGCCAUUUUGAUGCUGCGUUAGCAGAGGAAGUGUAAACGCUCAUAUUACCAUGAUAUGCUGAUGGAGUUAAGGAGCCUUUUUAUUUGUUUUGCCUAGAUUGCCAAGUCAUCUUCAAGCAUCAGAGAUGGUAUAACUUCUGAGAAAUGAUGUUUAACGUAGUUAAAAUUAACAAGUAGCAUGAAUUCAGGAUAGCCUACUGACUCCACCAUUGUACUUGGUAUAUUGCACCUUAACCUAGGACAGUUAGUUUGAGAAAGGGAACUGUAUGAUUGCAGCAAAAGGUGAAGUUGUCAUUUUAACGGUCCUUCUAAAGUGGCUCUAUACAUUGUGGAAGGGGAUAAAUUACGGGGGAAAUUUUGUUCUAGUGCAGCGGCUCUUUGUAUUGGGAGGUUAGACAUCCUAAUGAGAUAUUUUUGUAUUGACCCCAA